AUGUGUCAAAAACGCAUUCCAGCUCGCCGAGGAAGUGGACUAUCAAAAGUUCCGCCAGAAGUGCGCAACAUUUGCGGCAUUAUGAAUAAAUCAAGCUACAAGGCAUCUGAUUUACGUUACCAGCUGCUCAAAUAUUUGAAUCGAAACAAUAUCAGCCUUUUAAGUCCAUAUGAAUGGGAAGAAACAGAUAGAUAUAAAGCAAGCAAAAGCAUUAAAGCGGACCCAAACGUGUAUGAGAAAAACGUUAAAACGAUCAAUAGGUGUACCAGUGAACUUCUCAAAGAUUAUGUGCCACCUACUCAUACCAAAGAGGAUGGUUAG